ACACACACACGCGCGCGCUGACUCUCUUCCUCUGGUGUUAAAGCACAGGUUGCCGCGGGUCAAGCAGAUUAUUGGGUAAAUGGAUUUGUGACGUCAGGGUUUAGCACGCGUCGCGUUGCCUCGACGUACAGCAGACACGCGCUCAUCCAGCACACACACACACACACACACACUCCAGCAUGAGCCCGAGGACCGCGAGCUGAAGCACGAACACCGCAGAUCAUGGCCGCAUUUCUGGAGAUAUCCGAUGACAGCAAGGGCCACGAGCUGAGCCUCUUCUGUGUGCCGAAACACUACGAGGAGGAUUUGGACCGGGUCAUUAUACCCAACGGCCUCAUUAAGGACAGGACUGAGCGCUUGGCCAGAGAUAUCGUUCGGGACAUGGGCGGACAUCAUAUCGUGGCUCUUUGCGUUCUGAAAGGAGGGUAUAAGUUCUUCGCAGACCUGAUGGAUUACAUCAAGACUCUGAAUCAAAACAGUGAUAAGUCUGUGCCAAUGACUGUGGAUUUCAUUAGGCUGAAGAGCUACUCGAAUGACCAGUCUACAAGCUGUGUGAAGGUCAUCGGAGGAGACGAGCUGUCGGCUCUGUCUGGAAAAAACGUGCUCAUAGUUGAGGACAUCGUCGAGACGGGGAGAACUAUGGAAACGCUGCUCAAACUAUUAAAUGAAUACCAUCCUAAGAUGGUGAAAGUUGUCAGUUUACUGGUGAAAAGGACACCCAGGAGCUCAGGAUACCGUCCCGACUACAUUGGAUUUGAAGUUCCGGACAAGUUCCUGGUGGGAUAUGCUUUAGACUACAAUGAGUAUUUCAGGGAUUUGAGUCAUAUCUGUAUAUUAAGCGACAGCGCCAAAGAGAAAUAUAAAGUAUGACACGACACGAGUGCCGGAUGCACCGAGACGAAGAUCACUGUGAACCCUUCUUCUGAUUGUGAAGUUAUUUUUGAACAUGCCAUCUGAAAUGAAUAAUGAAACACGGAUUUCCAAAGAUAAAUGCGACUGCGAGAGAGAAAAUGUUUUUUGUUAAGAAUAGUUGAUAGUUAAUCUCGUUUUAAUUGUGAUUUACUGCU